AUGUCUUCACCAAGCAAGACUGUGGCCUUCAUUGGUCUCGGUGUAAUGGGAUAUCCCAUGGCCCUCAACCUUCGCAAAGGUCUCGACUCUUCCCACACCCUCCUGAUCUGCGACGUAUCCACCUCCGCCCUGGAGAAAUUCCAAUCAGACGCCUCAGGCCGAGGCCCAGUGGAAAUAGUGCAAAGCGGAUAUGAUGCAGUACAAAAAGCAGACACCGUCAUAACGAUGCUUCCGGAUUCGAAUGCCGUGAAGAAGGUGUAUCUUGAUAUGGAAAGAGGAGUGGUUGCUGGUGCAGAGAGACUACCAGAAGGCGGAGAGGGAAAGCUGAUCAUGGAGUGUGGUACUAUCGAAACAGCAACGAUUCUCGAGGUCGCGAAGACAGUGGAGAACUCCAGCGCAAGCAAGAUGUUGACCUUUGUAGAUGCGCCUGUUUCAGGUGGACCAAUGGGUGCGCAGGAUGGCACGCUAGCCUUCAUGGCUGGCGCAAACAACGAGGACAUCUUCCCUACCGUGAAGCGAUAUCUGAGUCAUAUGGGCAAACCAGAUGCGAUAUUUCUCUGUGGAGACAUCGGGGCAGGCACAGCCUUCAAGGUCAUUAAUAACUACCUCAGUGCCAUCACAUCGCUCGCCGCUUCCGAGGCACUGAACAUUGGCUCAAAGAUGGGCUUGGACGUCGCUCUGCUUACGGAUGUGAUCAAUGUGUCUGGCGGCCAAUGUUGGGUCACUAGCAAAAGUAACCCAGUACCCGGUAUACAAGCCAACGUACCAAGUUCGAGAGGAUAUGAAGGCGGAUUUCGCAUUGAGCUUUGUGCAAAGGUACUAGGCAUGGGUAGCCAACUUGCCGAGAUGGUGGGAGCACGCACUGUACUGGACAAGCCGACGUUAGAGGCAUUUGGCGAAGCGAUGCAAGAUGAAAGGUACAAAGGGAAAGACGCAAGGGUGGUAUAUAAAUGGUUGAACGAGAGUGAGCGAAAGUGA